AUGACACCGAGGGGAAAUAGUAAAGUACAAGCCGUGGAUCAUUGGCCACAUUCGUUAUACAGUGAUGAUCUUCCUGGGGGUCACGUCGCUUUGGAAGUCAGGGCUAAAUCGACGCCCGCGAAACCACUGCCAAACAAGGCGAAGCCUACGAAACCCGGAAGUGUACCAACAAAGCCGGAACCCACUCCAUCAGUAGUUAAGCCCUCGCCAAACAUCGGUCUAUCGAGAUCAUCGAGUCCGUCAACGGCACCAACUACCAAGCCUCUACCUUUCGUCAAAGAACCGCGUCCCACAAAAGCCUACAAUAUAUGCAAUCUUCCUGCGUUUGACUGUGACACCGAAGUCGAGGAUUAUGUCGACGCACUUGGAGAACGCAGCAUCGAUGGCAUCAACGACUCGAUAGCCAAAGAGCUUGACAAGCGGUCGUCGCCACGGACAUACUCGGUUGUAGUUGGCGGUGGUACCCCGACCAUGAUGAUGACAUCCUUACCCUAUCCUCUUGAAGCGAAACUGUUUCCAGCUGGCAGUCCCAAAGUCAUCCUCGAUUUUGCCACUGACAAUGUGCGCGACGCCAAUUUCAAGAAGUUUACUACUGUUCCAUCCCGUACCAAGCCCAGCACGUACAUUGUGGAGCACAUUGUGGAGCUUCAAAGCAUUAUGUUGUUCAUCAAGGCCGCCAUCCGGGCUAAGAAGGUGAAGGGUGUGAAGACGCUUUCUAAGCAUGUAGAUAUCAACUUCUUCACCAAGCAUUGGAACACAGACAAUGUACAGGUGCAACAGAAGAUCUCGAGUCGUCCCACACCCUUCACAGGCUAUAGUCCCAAGGACCCCCUCUCUUCGCUUAACGACCUCGUCUUCGAAGCUAUGGGCUCCAAGAGUAAUACCGCCGAUUUCGUUCUCUGUGAACAGGGCGUCAACUCGAUAAAGGCAAAGCUAUGGGCCCACGUAAGUCCUAAUGACAAGGAUAAAUGGCAGAGCGUUGCAAAAGAUGCAGCGGACGGUUCCAUUCCGUCGAAUAUGCAUCUGGCUGGUUUGCGAUCUGUCCUAGGUGUCCACAACUACAUGAACGACCCUGAUGUGGAACAGAGGCUCCAGGACACGGUCAAAAACAUAAAAACCGAAUUUGGCAACUUUAAGGCUAUCACCGGAGAAGACGUAACAGACGUUAAGGGCAAAGCAGUUGAUUUACCCGCGCUAUGGGUUGAAUUCAUGACUGCACAGCUCCAGAAAGUCACAGAGAGUGGCACCAAGUGGAUUAUCGAGCAGGCCGAUUUCGCAACUCCUAAAUACAAGGCGCACUUGGUCGACCUACAGACAGCCAUGAAACGUAUCACCGACGAGGAAGCACUCAAAGAUGACACAAAACGCCAAGCAGCAAUCGACGCGAGAACAGAAGAGUCAAACAAACUCAUCAAACAACUUCCCGACGACAAGAACGCCUUGUCUCAAGCCAAGACUGCACUAGACACAGCAGAACAAGCCGCAAACGCAGCCACCGCCGCUCUGAAAAGCGCUACGCCCGCAACCAAACCAGCGCUACAGGAUGACAAAAAGAAGAAGCUCCGCGCAUAUCGUGACGCCAAGCAGACUUACUACCAAGCACUUGUCACAAAGGGCAGGCGGGAGAGAGACAUCAUCAAGCUCAGACGAGCCGAACUGACCUCUCUCAUCAAAGACAUCGAGGCAGACAUCCAACAAAUGACUGACUAUCGCGCGGCGGCAGUCGCAAUGAAGACCCCGAAGGCCGAGUGAGACGGCUUGAUGCCCACUACCCCGUCUUGUAGUCUCUAUGGUCGCCCACUGGAUCAUGGGGCAUACGCAGCUUUGCUACAUCAAUAUUCUGUCACCCAGGGUCGUCUGACCGGCCAUUUGGUGGAACGCAGCAUCAGGCAGAACGGAACGAGAAUCUUAGGAGGUCCCUUUGAUAUUGAAUUGUAAGCGCUUCAUUGGAGUUAUUCAGUAGUAGGUCUGCGACUUCUCAGCUGCAGUAACGACGGGUUGGAUCCUACAAAUGUAGCAAGUGGCUGGUCGGGUGUACCUAGUCGCAGUACACAAUCCACCUUACAUCGUAGCACUAGAUAUCAAUGUGCAUGCAUCGUAUAGUCGGUCC